AAAUUCUAUAUUUGGAUUUGCGACUCUUAAAGAGGGAGAUCGGAUGGACUGUACUGAUACCUAGAAACGACGACGAAGAAAACGAGAUGGCCGACGAAGGCGAGAGGGGAGAAUCGAUCGUGCCCUGCGAAGAAUCUUCGCCAAACCCUAACCCUAGAUCAGUCGAGACCAAGGUCCCGGAGGUGGAGGUCCACCUCUUCCGGCAAGGGCGAGGGCCGAUCGACGUCUUCCGAUCGAAGCUGGGCGGGUGGGAUCAGGACCGCCUCGAGGUCCAGGACAUACUCGACAAGUAUGGACUCAAAUCCCUAUUCGCCUUCAAUCCCUCCUCCGGGCGGGGCGUUCCCAUCCGCUUCAGCCCUCGGAACGGCCGCUCCCUUCUCUCCUACUCCGACGGAUCCGUCGUCUGCAUCGACGGAGAGCCCAAGGAUUCAUUGGUAAAACCUGUUACAAAGAUUCUGAUCGGGACGGCAGUGUUGACUCUUCUUAUAGCCGUGUUCUUGAAAGAAACUCCAGAAUGGUUUCAGACAUUGACAUCGAGAUUCUCUGGUGGAUCCUUCCCACCAUGGAUCCUUGCGUGCGUGGUUAUAGUUUUCACUCGGCUGAGGAAGAGAACUAAGGAUGUAUUGAAGAAGUUCGGAUGGUGAUUAUAUGAUCCAAGGUAAUUGUUUUGCAGAAGCUUACAGAACUCUCUUGCAUUGUUUAAUUCUUGGUUGAUUAGAUUGUGUUCUCGAGUUUACUUGGUUUGAAGAGCCUUAGGAUACCACUCGUCGGAGUUUACCUUGGAUUUGAUUUGUAUGGUGUAAAAGAAUUCAAUGUAACCAAUCGCUACAAAAAGUGUUUGGAAAAAUUUGCUGGUGCUUUAGGAUGAUUUUGCAUUCAUGUUUGAUGAACCUAUGCCAGUAUAUCUCAGCAAUAUUUUUUGUUAUUUAACA